AUGGCAUACCGCUGUCGUGUGAGAGACAGCCUGACGACCAUGGAUGCAUUAAAAAUGGUUUACGAAUAACUUUACAGCGUUGCAACAGCUGGUUUGACAGCCCACGCCUUCAAAGACCACACCGGAAGAACAGGAAUAAUACUAUACAGGCGAUUCACUCAAGGGGAAAAUACAGCCUGCAGCCAGAGGUGAGGAGAAUGAGCCAGAAAGAGGGUCUGAGGGCCAACUCCUUUCAGUUCACUCUGGAGGGAGAGCCCUUUCGCAUCCUGGGGGGCUCUAUCCACUACUUCCGUGUCCCCAGAGCCUACUGGGAGGACCGGCUGCUGAAGAUGAGGGCCUGUGGGGUCAACACUCUCACCACAUAUGUGCCAUGGAACCUGCAUGAGCCAGAGAGAGGGGUUUUCAACUUCCAGGACCAGUUGGAUUUAAAGGCGUACAUCAGCCUAGCAGCAGAGUUGGGGCUCUGGGUGAUUCUGCGGCCAGGACCCUACAUCUGUGCUGAGUGGGACUUAGGAGGGCUCCCCAGCUGGCUGUUACGUGACAAAAACAUGAAGUUGAGGACAACCUACCCUGGCUUCACAGAAGCAGUGAACUCUUUCUUCGACAAACUCAUCCCAAUAAUUAAGCCUCUACAAUUUGAAGAGGGAGGCCCCAUCAUUGCAGUUCAAGUGGAGAAUGAGUAUGGCUCAUAUGCAAAGGAUGAACAAUACAUGCCUUUUAUAAAGGAGGCUCUACUAUCCAGAGGAACCAAUGAACUCCUGCUGACAUCAGACAACCGGGAGGGGCUCAAAUGUGGAGGAGUGGACGGAGUUCUCAAGACGGUAAACCUUCAAAGACUGGCCUACGGAACAAUACAAUAUUUAGCGUACAUCCAGCCCCAGAAACCUCUGCUUGUAAUGGAGUACUGGUCUGGGUGGUUCGAUGUCUGGAGUGAAUCUCACCACGUGUUUCCAGCAGAGGACAUGUUGGCUGUGGUGUCACAGAUACUGGAGCCAGGUGUAUCCAUCAACCUCUAUAUGUUCCAUGGUGGAACCAGCUUUGGCUUCAUGAAUGGAGCUGUGGCGAACCUUGGCACCUACAAACCUCAGGUCGGCAGCUAUGAUUAUGAUGCUCCGUUAUCCGAGGCUGGAGAUUACACCACCAAGUAUCAGCUCUUGAGGAAUUUAUUCAGCCAGUUUCACAGUGAGAAGCUUCCUGAGGUUCCCUCUCUCCAGGCCAGGAGAGUGUAUGAGCCUGUCAUCAUUCAGCAGCAUCUGUCACUGUGGGAGAGCCUGCAGUUUACUGAGCCCUUGAAGUCAGAGAAGCCUGUCAACAUGGAGAACCUUCCGGUCAACAGUAAUAAUGGUCAGUCCUAUGGCUACACUCUAUAUGAGACCACCAUCAGCAGUGGAGGCCUUCUGAACUCCAGGAACAAUGUUAAAGACAGAGCCCUGGUGUUUGUGGACAGACACUUUGUUGGUGUCCUGGACUAUAAAUCGGUGGAGUUUGCACUGCCUGAUGGGAAGGGAGAGCAAACAUUGAGUUUACUUGUGGAGAACUGUGGAAGAGUGAAUUAUGGGAAAGCCCUAGAUGAUCAGCGUAAAGGUCUGGUGGGAGAUAUUGUAUUGAACCACGUGCCUCUGAAGGACUUUACAAUCUACUGUUUGGAUAUGAAGCCAAACUUCCUAAAGAGACUCAGUGCAGCAAGCCAGUGGAACUCAGUCCCCCAGAAGCCUUCCUUCCCAGGGUUCUUCCAGGGCAUGCUGUAUGUGGACGGCCAUCCCAGAGACACCUUCAUCAGACUGCCUGGCUGGAGUAAAGGAGUGGUCUUUAUCAACGGGCAGAAUCUUGGACGCCACUGGUCCAUCGGUCCCCAGAAAACUCUCUACCUCCCUGGACCUUGGCUUAAAAGUGGAAAUAAUCAGAUCAUUGUGUUCGAGGAACAGAAAGCUGAUGACAAAUUAGUAUUUGUUGAAAAUCCUGAUCAUGGAAAAACAAUUGAUGUAUACAAAUAUCCAUUUUGUGUUCUGCUUUGAAAUGAUCAAUAUUUUAAAUAAAAUGAUGACAGCAAUUUCUUAUAACAUAGUAAUAACACGGUAAUACAAAAGCUAUGAUUACCUUAACACACUGUAUGUAAUGUUGUUAUUGUGUUAUGGGAUGGGUCUACCACUGAAUGUGAUGAUAGACAUGUAUUUUUAUGUAGUCUAGAGCACAGUCAUAAGGCAUGUUACAUAUACUACCGUUCAUAAGUUUGGGGUCACUUAGAAAUGUCCUUGUUUUUAAAAGAAAAGCAAAAAAAAA